GAUAUCAUGAGACGACAUGAACUGCGAGAGAGAAACUAGAAUGGUGACAGAUUUGCAAAUUUACGUGCAUUCAACAAAGUAGUUAUAGUUGGCACCAUAGUCACCACAAACGUAUGCAUAAAGCUACGUGCCGACGAAGUGGAAAGAAGCACAUCUCAUCAGUACCAAAGAAAGGAGAUCCGAGCAAAUGUGAGAACUUCAGAGGUAUCACAUCACUGUCAGUACCAGGAAAAGUUUUCAACAAAAGACAGCAACUAACAACAGCCGAACACGAGCAGAGAUAUUCAAGGCAAAGGCUGAGUACACAGAAGCAAACAAGCACAUGAAAAAGAGCAGUAAAGCCGACAAGCAGAAAUACGUGGAGGAACUAGCAACUACAGCAGAAAGAGCUACAAGAAAAGGAAAUGUGACGCAACGAAAUAUAGAAAACCAGAGAGAUCGGUCAGGGGCAAGAGGGCAAGCUAAUCAUGGAGACUCGAGAACAGAGGAACAGAUGGGUAAAAUACCUCGAGGAACUGUUGAAUAGACCAGCUCCAUUGAAUCCACCGGUCAUUGAAGCAACACAUACAGAUAUUCCUAUUGAUGUCACUCCAUCAACGAUCGAAGAAAUCAGGAUGUCCAUCAGACAAAUCAGGAGUGGGAAAGCAGCAGGACCUGACGAUAUACCAGCUGCAGCACUGAAGUCAGACAUUGAAGUAGCUACAACCAUGUUUCACCUUCUAUUCAAGGAGAUUUGGGAGGAGGAGUAUGAUAAAGCUUUUGACAGCGUGGGCAGGAGAAUAUUAUGGAAAAUUAUUCGACAGUAUGGAGUUCGAGAAAAUUGUUAACACUAUCCGGC